UCGGAUCUUCUUGGGUAUGGCCAGUCCCGCGGGGGUUGGGGCUGUGGCCGCGGGCGCAGCCGUUGUCGCGCUUCUCUCCGCUGCGCUAGCGCUCUACGGGCCGCCGCUGGACGCAGGUACCCGGCCACCAGCUACUUGUCCGCACGGGAAGCGUUGCGUUUUAAAAAGAGCAUUUUCACUGCAUAAAGCACAUUCAAUAAAGGAUAUGGAAAAUACUUUUCAGUUGGUUAGAAAUAUUAUACCUCCACUAACUGCAAAGAAGCACAAAGGACAAGAUGGAAGAAUAGGCAUAGUUGGAGGCUGCCAAGAGUACACUGGAGCCCCUUAUUUUGCAGCAAUUUCAGCUCUCAAAGUGGGUGCAGAUUUAUCCCAUGUGUUCUGUACCCGGGAGGCCGCACCUGUGAUCAAGUCCUACAGCCCGGAGCUGAUUGUUCACCCGGUCCUCGACAGCCCUGAUGCCGUUCAUGAAGUGGAAAAGUGGUUGCCCCGACUGCAUGCCCUGGUUGUAGGCCCUGGCUUAGGCAGAGAUGAUGCUCUUCUCGAAAACGUCAAGGGCAUUUUAGAAGCAUCAAAGGCCAGAGCCAUCCCCAUCAUCAUUGAUGCAGAUGGGCUGUGGCUGAUUGCCCAGCAGCCAGCCCUCAUCCAAGACUACCAGAAGGCUGUUCUCACGCCCAACCACAUGGAGUUCAUCAGACUCUGUGAAGCUGUGCUGAGAGAGCCUGUGGAUGGCAGUGAUCGCCGUGGAGCUGUGCUGAGACUCAGCCAGGCCCUGGGGAAUGUGACCGUGGUCCAGAAAGGGGAGCAGGAUGUGAUCUCUGACGGCAAACAGGUGCUCGAGUGCAGCCUGCAGGGCAGUAACCGCAGGUGUGGUGGGCAAGGAGACCUCCUGUCUGGCUCCCUGGGCGUCCUGGUGCACUGGGCACUCCACGCCGGACCUGAGAAGACAAACGGUUUCAGCCCCCUCCUCGUGGCUGCCUUUGGUGCGUGCUCCCUCACAAGGCAGUGCAACCACCAAGCCUUCCAGAAGCACGGCCGCUCCACCACCACCACCACCAUGAUUGCAGAAAUUGGACCUGCAUUCAGCAAACUCUUUGAAACCUGAGCCGGUGCAAAUGGGAAGAAAGUGGGCACCUCGAUGGAAGAAAAUGUAUUCUUAAUGGGAAGACCCACGUCCGAUGUGUCUGAACCCCCUGGGUAUCGGGGCAGCAUGGCCGUUUGGGAGUCUAGGGUACAUGGGUUGAUGUAGGGAAUUUAAAAAUUGGGAAUGCAGCACUUUUUGGCUAAACACGCAGUUUUGAAAUGUUAUAAUGACACUAAACAAAGUACUCCUGAACUGUUCUUAACUUCCUAGCAAUAAUGAAAACAUGGAGAAUCGUUUGAGAAUGAGAAAACCUUUAACCAGCUCUACUGAAUUUGUGGGCUUGUUCCAAGAUUGCAGAAUUCUGUUUUAAUUUCUUUGAGCUUAUCUCCUCAUGCUGUCUACCAAGGCACUUCAUGUUUCUUUUAUUUAUGCAAGAAGUUCCUCUUAUUAGUUCUUUCAAAGGGAUCCAGUUGGUCAUUUCCAAACAUCUUUGAGAAUAAUGAGUUUAGCUUCUUUUAAACAAAAUUGAGAUCCACCAAAAAAUACGGCAUUUAUUCUUUAGCUUACUUUUUAAAUCAGUGAUUAUGUCAAAAAGGUCUGGGCAGAAAUACUAAGCAUUGGUUGUUUUGGUUAUUUGGUUGAAGUGUUUAGAAUAAUCAGUGAUCUGUUUGACCUUGGAAAUCUUUUUAGAAGCACCAUGGGAAAAUCUGAGGAGGAAACUUAAUGGGACACUGAUACCUGAGUGCACAAAGGUGGGGGCUCUGAAGCACUUCGUGUCUUACACUUUCAUGUGCACGUGCCUGUGCGCACAAGUGCAUGAGGUGGCUGACAGCCCAGCAGAGGGUGCCUGAGCAGCAGGGAUGCCCACUGGUGUGCUCUGUUGGAAGGAAGCCUUCAGGAUGCUGGCUUCCUGGAUGCUUUGGUGGUGGACGGUGCUGGGAGGGCCCUGGGGGAACUGAACAGAGCAGAACAGCAAUCCUGGUUUGAAAAUGGGUGAGUGUGUACUCAGGAAGAUUUAGAUUCCAUUAAAGAAGUUGAUAUAUCUGAAA